GUAGUGGAUGACAAAGAUAUUACCUAAGUGCGACUCCGGACGACGUCGAUCCAACCAAGUGGAAGUUGCCUAUAUCUAUCAAUCUCUCAGGGCUAUGUUUGCGAACAAGAACAGAAUAUCAACUUCCCAGAACAAACAACAUAAGAAGAUCCUCCCUGUACAGAAGAUAUAGCUCUUCCAAUAUGCCUCCCGUAGACCCCUUAAUGAAGGCCUUGAUGGAGGUCAAGAUGCUCGCCUCCCGCUCGCGCAAGGAAGCCGAAAAAGCCAACAAAACCCGCCUAUCCGAAGAAAACAAAGCCUCCCGCGCCAUGAAAAACCGCGAAUUCCAAAUCGCCCAGAUCCACUCCCAAUCCGCCGUGCGCGAGCACCACCGCUACGUCUCCCUGCGCGCCGAAGCCGCCGAGGCCGAAGUCCUCGUCAACGACCUCAAAGCCGCCUACAGCACGCGCGAGCGCGGCGCGCUCGCUCGCCUACGCCUCCAAGGCGCUCGAGGGCGCCUCGCGUACCAUCAACCUGGAGCGCGUGCUGGUCACCGCCAACUCGUUCCUGGAGCGCAGCCAGGAUUUCAAGAUUGCGAGCUCGGCGAUCCGCGAUGUGUCGCAGGGGGUGCAGGAGCAGAGCUUGGGCGGGGAGGGGAAGGAGGAGGUUGAGCGGCUGAUGCAGAAGUUGGCGGAUGAGGCCGGGGUGGAUAUGCGGGAGCAUUUGGAGGCGAAUGCGGCGCCGGCGGGGGAGGUGGGGGCGCGCGAGGGGGCGGGGAAGCAGAGGGAGGAGGAGGAUGGGUUGGAUGCGAGGUUGAGGGCGUUGAGGGCGUAGAAUUAUUUCACUCCCUUUACUGUCUCUCUUUUUUUUCUUUUUUUUUUUUUUUUUUUUUUUUUUUUUUUUUUUGCCGUUUAUUACUUCUGCUUGCGCUGGUUCCGCUCGGGGUAUCUGUUUAUUACCCCGUCUCGCUCAGCGUCCUCCUCGCUUACCCUUUCCGUUCUCCUCGACAGUCUGUUGUCCACCCUCCCUGGUGUACCUACCUGGGUGUUUCAAAAGCCACCAUCGAUCCGUCGCCCCCCCUUCCAUUUCCAUGUCUAGAUUGCCGAUUACCAAAAUCUCCCAGGCCAUCUCAUCCCACGUUAACGUACCCUUAGAGUACGUACGGACGUUGUUACGUUGUUACGAUUUACCCUGACGACCAAACAUGCGUCCUAGCCAUUGCAUACCGCUCCCCCACUUUUUCGCGUCCCUUCGCCCUAUCCUGUCCUGCAAACUAAAUUCCAUGUAUUUCCUACCUUAUGCUCUGUUUUCCAUAUUCUUCGGUGUUUUUUUAUUAUGAUUUUUUGUUCUUUUUUACAGGGUGCUUAUCACAGGCGAUUUUUAUUUUGCGUUCCAUGGUUUGUGCAGCUUUCUUUUGCUUUCCCUCUUUUUCUUUUCUUUUCUUUUCUUUUUUUUUUUUC